CGAAGUACCUAAGUACAAGGUGGGCGGGGAGAUGUGUUGAUGGCCCGGGUGUUAGGUACCCGCAUAGGAAGGUCGUGGGCAGCAUAGGUACCUCAGGUACCGUACCUGAGGUGCACUACUGCACCAAAGUGGAAACCUAUUCCAUUUGCAUUAAGGACAUAAACCUUAUCCCGCUAUGAAUUACAUACCUGUAAUGAAUUGAAUUUAUGUAAUUUGGGUGUGGGCUUGGAUGUGGGCUGAACGCGUCGUAGCCAAUCAAAUCUUUCUUUCUUUCUUUACCAUACCCAAGACUUUGGGGAUUUCAAGAACCAAACAUCUCUCAGCCUCGCCUCGCCUCAACCUUCACCAUCUAUCGCUUUUUGAUCCAAUUACCUAAAUCCCAACAAUCAACAUGGCCGAUAAUAAGAUUCAGGAGCUUCUCACCAAACCACGCAAUGAACUGACGGAAUACGAGAUCUCGCUCCUUGAAGAGCACGAAUUCAGCGCCGGCCCCUUAUCGAUUCUGCAGACCGCUGUCCGAAGCCAUACCCAGGUUCUGAUCUCAUGUCGCAAUAACCGGAAGCUCCUAGCUCGCGUCAAAGCUUUUGACCGCCAUUGCAACAUGGUACUGGAGAAUGUCAAGGAGAUGUGGACCGAGAUACCGAAAUUAUCAAAUGGGAAGAAAGGCAGACCUCUUAACAAGGAUCGAUUUAUUAGCAAGAUGUUUUUGAGAGGCGAUUCAGUCAUCCUAGUCCUACUCAGCUAGAGAAUCAAGGAGGGGUUCAGUUAUACCAUCUCACUUGCAAACGCGGCGUGCCUUUACUAUGCGAUGCCUAAAAUAAUCAGACAGGAUGUGAAGACCGAGACAACAUACUAAUGCAGUAAAAUGUCUUGUGGGAGUGCUCAGUAUGGUAAAUACUGCUAGCAGC